AUGGAUUAAUACUCUUAAUACUAUUCCACUCAACAAUUCUUAGAACCAAACAAAGACACAAACAAAAUCUAAAGAAAUAGAUCAAAUACAAAUGAUAUAUUAACAAGUCCAAACAUAGUAUAUAUUACUAGAAAUUAAUAAUAAUCUUAACCUUCAAUAAGAUUGGAAUGUUAAUAAUAAAUCAUUAAACCUUCUCAACCUUAAAAAGUAAUUGAAUCUGAUGAAUUAGUUUUCUAUAGAAAUAAGUGUUCAUAAUAAGAUAAAUUAAUUUUAGAUCUAUAGAGUGAAUUGAAUCAUUUAAAAUCAACUGUUUAAGAAAGAGUUACUUAUAUUGAAGAUACUCAUAGAAUAUAAUAAUUAGAAAAUAAUUUAUAAUAAUAUUAAUAAGAAUGUAAUAGAGUGAACAAUAUAUUAAGAGAGAAUUCAAAUGAAUUAGAGUAAUUAAAAUAAAAAAAUAUUUAAUUAACUCAAUAAAUAUUUUAGUUUCAAUAAUAACAAUUUGAAUUAGAAAGAUUAAAAAGAAAUUCUUAAGAAACUGAUUAAUAUUGGCAAAAUGAAAUAUAAAGAUUAAAUGUAUUAGUGUCAUAAAGUUAAUCUUAAUUAAAUUAAUUAUAAAAGACAUUAAUAGAGACAAAGAAAUAUGAAUAAAUGUAUCAUUAAUAAUAACCAAUUUAAACUUAAUUAGCUUUAGAAUUGGAGAAAAUGACUUAAAUUUUAAAAGCUAAAACUGAAGAAUAUGAUUAAUAAAAACAAACCUAUAUUAGAGAGAUAGAAAUCUUAUCAAGAAGGAUUAAAGAUUCAGAAUUUGAACUUAAAGAUUUAAGAAUUCGAGAGACUAAUUAAUAAUAAUCAAUUGAUUAAUUAAAUAGGGAAAAUAAUUAAAUUACUGAAAAAUUUAUGAAUGAAAUUAGAAAUAAAAAUGAUGAAAUAUAAAAGCUAUAAUAAAUUAUAUAGACUUUAUAAUUGACUGUAUAGGAUACUACAAAAUAUAAAGAGUAUGAAAUUAGAUCAAAAAUGUAAAAUGAAGAGAUCAAUAAUCUUAAUCAAAGAAUUAGAAUGAAAUAAGAGGAAACAGAUAAUUAUAGAUAAUAAAUAUUAAUGUAUUAAAAUUAAAUUUAAGAAUGUUAAAAAUAUAUAGAAUAUGAAAUGAAAUAUUAAAAUUUAGCAUAAGAAUAUGAUAGAUUAAAUAAUUCAUUAAUUAUUAAAUUAUAAGAGAAUGAUUAAUUGAGAAAUUGUAUUUCUAGAUUAUAAAUAACUUUGAAUGAUCAUUAUAAGAUUGAAGAAUAUGAAAAUAAAAUAGCCUUAUAGAAUUAGGAAAUUGAACAUCUUCAUUAAAGUAUACAAUCAAAGUGUUAAGAGAUUGAAAAAUUAAAUUAUGAAAAUAAUAGAGUAACUUCCUUAUUAAGAACAAGAAAUGAUGAAAUUGAUAAUUUGAAAUAUAAAAUAUAAGAUACAUAAUAAUUAAAAGAAUAUUAAUAGAAAUUAUAAGUGUUUAAUGUAGAAAUGGAUAGAUUGUAAAUUUAAUUAAGAAAUAAAAAUGAAGAAUUAGAAAAAUUAAGAUAAUAUUUAGCAUAAUUUUAAUUAUAAGAAGCCAAUAAAUUACAAGAAUUAGAAUAAAAGAAUGUUGUUUAUUAAAAUGAAAUUGAAAGAUUAAAUAAUAUAUUGAAAAUUAAAUUAUCAGAGAAUGAUUAAAAUAAAUAAUAAAUCAAAUAUUUAUAAGAAGAAAAUGAUCAAUAAAAAUGUAAAAUAUUAACCCAAAAUGAUAUACAAUAAUAUAAUGAUAAGAUAACUAUUGUAAAUCAAGAAAUUGAAUCUUGGAAAAAUCAAUUCAUCAAUCUUAAUAGAGAAUAUCAUAAAUAAUAAGAAUAAUUAAUGUUAUCUAAUGCAGAAUUAGAUACAUUGAAAAAACAAAGAAGCAAUUCUAUUAAAGUAAAUCUUAUAUUCAUUAUUUAUAGUUGGAUAAUUAUGAAUCAAUGAAAGAAAACUCUACUCUUUCUUCAUUCUAAUAUGGAACUCUUACAUUAAGAAACCUUUGA